CUUUACUCUGUUAGUUAGCAAUAAUAUAACAGAAAAUAUAGCUGAAGAGAUCACCAAUUAGCUAUUUUGGCUAACUCUAGCCGCACGGAAUAACCUAGUAAUAUCUUACGUUAACGCUAGUUAGUUCAUGCAUAUCAGGCUAUGUUUCUCAAGGCCAGUUUAAGGUAACAUUAAAGUCUAAAUAGCAUUUAUAUCUGUGUUUACGUGUAGCAGUCGCCCUGUCUUUCCCUGUGUGAGAAAUGGAUGCUACUCAGAUGAUCUGUGACUCAAUCUUGGAGUCAGAUGAGGAAGAAAAUGAAGAGGAGAAUAAAAUGAAGAAGGGACGACCAUUGGCUAAACUGUGUAUCUUAAAAAAUGAGCACAUCCCUGAGACAGAGUUACCGCUCUUCUUGGGAGAUAAUGUGCUGGGCCGUGACCCCAACAACUGCACGCUGCCUUUGCCAGCACCCUCGAUAUCCAAGCAGCACGCUACCAUCUGCGUCUCUGUCUACAGGAGAAGAGGUUAUCACAGUAAAGUAGACGUAGAGGCUUUGGUUUGGGACUUAGGGAGCAUGAAUGGGACCCACAAGGGCCGCUUAAAGCUGACUCCUAAUGUACGCUAUGCCCUCAGUGAAGGUGAACGUUUGGUGGUGGCAGACAUCCCAUGUCUGUAUGUCAGCUGCGCUGUAGACACAGUCCCUUCUCAAGGGGACAUGAGGACCCCUGUAAGCAGUAAUUCAGGGGUUAAGGCCCCGUUGCCAGAUGUCUCGGGAGAAAAGGGAGGUGACACAAUCACAGGCAGCAAGAAAUGUGUCAUCGGCGGUACAACAACUAGGGUGUCAUCACCUGAUCAGAAGGACACAAGGGAGACUCCUGUCAGAACCAAUUGCCUGUCCUUUGAGCAAACUCCAACCCAGUCACAGGGGACCCUGGUCCCGGAAUCUGGCUCAGACUCAGACGGAGAAAGAGGAGACAGGAGGCGCAAGGCUCUGGUGUCUGAUUCUGACUCCUAUAAAUCAAUUCCCACAUGUUCAACAUUCCUGAGUCCCCCGAACAAAGUCGUCCCUGAAAGUGAGGAUGAAAGUCCCAUCACACCGUCCUCCUCCACUAAAAAUAGGCCUCACAGACAUGUCAGCUUUAGCAAGGAGGAGACAGACUUAGAUGUGGGGCGACAGCAGCCGAUUAAAAAAAAGGCACCUGCGGUCGUGGAUGACAGUGAAGAGGAGGAAGAAAGGGAAGAAGAAAGAGCAACACUCAGAGAGAGAGCGUCUGGGGACAAAAAAUCCUCACCACACCGAAACUCAGAAAGUGGACAGGAUGUGCCAGUGAAACAGGAAAGCAAUGUUAUUAUUACAGGAGAAGAUGGAUUGCCUGUAUCCACACCAUCAAUCUUCACAGAUUUGAUUUCUGCAUUUGACAUGGACAGUGACACUGAUAUGGAGGGAGAGGAGGAAGGAGUGGCCUCUUUGGGACCUGUGACCAUGAAUACAAACCAACAAGCUGAUCAGCCACCAGACACAGCCCAGCUUUACAUGGAUAGUGAUACAGAUGUUGAUGAAGAUGAUUAUGUCUCAGAGAAAGUUCCCAAAUCUCUGCCUUCCUCUGCUGACCACAGCAAUCCUCCUCAAGUAAUUUCAGUUAUUCAACCAGAGGGCAUCACUAUGGACAGUGACACUGAUGUGGAUGAUGAUGAUGCUGCUGUCUCAGACGCUGGUACAAAAGUAGAACCCACAUCAAUUCAGGGCACACACACAACUGACUCUGCUCCUUCAACGCAGCUGAAAGAUUUCCACCUAGACAGUGACACAGAUGUUGACGAGGAAGAAGAAAAGAAACGUGAAACAAAUAGUACAUGCUCUAAAAUCGAGGAAACUCCCACUAAAUUAGAUAUCAAGCCACUUGGGCCUGAUUCCACCCCUCCUGCACCUCAUAGCCUGCAACCAGACAGUGACACAGAUGAUGAAGUUAUUCCUGCCCUUGCCAUCAGUGAACCCUCGAUGGCGUCUGCCGUCACAGAAUCAUCUACCUCUGCAGAUGCAAGAGCUCAAUUGUGUAUUUUGUGUGACAGCGACACAGAUGUGGAAGACGGCGCUCCUCUUGUCAUACCUGUUGCUGUCCCAAUCUUGUCAGUGGGUCCUGGGAUCACAACAGAGGCUCUUCAAUCAGAGUCGAAAGCAGAUGUUAAUCCAGACGACCUCAGAGUGGACAGUGACACAGAUGUGGAAGAUGAGAAGGUGGAUAUCGGAGAGGCUGGAGAGGGACAGAUUCCUAGCUUACCCAGAGAAAAUACACCUGGGUUUCUGGUUCCUCUAAAGCAGAACUGCUCCACUCCUAUACAAGUGUCAGAAGGAGAAGUGGAAGACAUGGAGACUCAGGCUUUCCUGAGCCCCUCCACAGGUCCGUUUAGACGUGUGGUAACCCCUGCUAUUAGACCUAUGCCAUUGUCUACUGUCUCAGACAGCCAGGAGGAUGAUGAAUUUGUUGUGGCUGAGACACAGUCCUUUGUUCUUCAAACCAGAGACUGCCAGGCCAACUCUCCAGAGGACCACACAAUGGAUCCCACCCAAGCUUUCAACCUUGAUUCUUCUUGUGAUGAACAUGGCGAACAGUCCAGCAGAGGAGGCUCUUUUGAGGUGGGAUCGUCCAACAGUAACCACCUGCAGGCUCAGGCCCAAGCUCUAGCAAUGGAUAGCACCCAAGCUUUUGUGCAAUGUGUGAAUCUGGAAGAUACCCAAGAAUAUGCUGCCAUCUCAAAUGCAGACAGAACCUCCAUGGAGAAUGAUUCAAAUCUUGAGGCUACGCAGGCCUAUGGAGAGAAUGAGGAACCAGUCCAAUGUUCAGUCAUGUCUGCUAAAGAAGGUCAGUUAGAUUUGGACCUAGAAGCAACACAGGCAUAUCUUUUAGAGCCCUCCAUUGAUUUAGAGGAUGAAAGCGAUGACGAUGAAAGAAAAAACACUGCUACUGCUGAGACUCAGGCUUUUGACUUUCCUACUUCAUCUACUCUUGCCAUGGCUGGAACCCAACCAAUGUCUGCCUUUGAGGAGGAGGAGGAGGAGGAGAGUUUAAAAAAAGAAAAUCCUAUUUCCUCUAUAGAAGUUAAGUCCUCACCACAGAAUGGAACAGAUGAGAGGGAAGAACAUGGGGAGGCAGCUCAACCUCAGAAGAGCCAUCUCAGUGAAGCUCUGUCUCUAGCUGAAACUCAGCCAAUGAGUAUAAGUGACAAUGAAGAAAGUGAGGAUGAGGACUUCCUUCUGGGUCCACGAAUAAGAAAAGCAAAUCCACUGCAGCUUGGAGAGCAGCAGACACAAAGACUCCCAAACUCUGAGCUCUCUGCUGUUGAAACUCAGCCCAUGGGUACAUGUGACAGUGAGCAAAGGGAUGAAGAAGACUCAAGUCCAGUUCCUAGAAAAAGAACAGCAAGGCCACAGCAAAUUCAAGAAGAGGAGACACAACCACUUACUAAUUUUGAGUCCUCCACUGUUGAAACCUUGGAAAUUAAAACUGGCUUGCAGCCUCCGAGGGGAAAGGGGAGACAAUCUGAAGCCGGGACCAGUGGGACCACUAUUAGAAAUACACGAGGGACGAGGGCAAGAUUAACAGGAGCGGAGGAGCAGGCAGAGUGUUCUGAACCUCCCAGGAGACGGACAAGAGGGAAGAAUAAAGCUUUGCCAACUGCCAGAGGAAGGAGAGGAAAAGCAAGGCCUGAUGAGGAGGAGAAUGAGGAAGAGGAGGAGGUGGUGCAGGCUAAAGGCGCUGUAGGAAAAAAAUCCAUGAGGGAACAGAAAGCUAAUGAAGACCAGGAAGAAAGGCUUGAAACGGAGAGAAACAAGCACGCUGAAAAAGCCAACCUAAUAAUGGAACAAGAAGAAAGGAGGGAAGCCAAAUUAGAAAUGGAAAGAAAAGAGAAGGAAGAAAAAGAGAGGUCGCAGGCUACAAUUGCAAAAAGGUUAAGACUUGAGAAGGAGAGAGCAGAAAAAGAUAGAAUAGACGGGGAAAGAAAGGAACAAGAAGAAAAGAAAAGAGCUGAUAAGGCACAAAAGGAAAAAGAAGAACAAUUGGGCAGGGAAAGAAAAGAGAAGGAAGAAAAAGAGAGAUUAGAACACGAAAAGGCAGAAAGAGAAGAAAAAGAGAGAUUAGAACACGAAAAGGCAGAAAGAGAAGAAAAAGAGAUAUUAAAACGUGAAAAGGCAGAGAGAGAAGAAAAGGAGAGAUUGGAGACGGAAAAGAAAAAGAGAAUGGAAAAAAUAAAGGAACAAGGAGGAAAAGAAAGUUUGCAGACAGCAAAGAGGGAACAAGAAGAGAGACUUGAGAGGGAGAGGAAGGAACAAGAACACCAGGCGAGACUGGAGAGGGAAGCAACAGAAAGGGAAGAACGAGAAAGUUUGGAGGAAGAAAAUAAGCCCAAAACACCGGCAAGAAGUCGAAGAGCAGCCAGAUCGACUGCUGCCCCGCAUGCGACCGAGCCGGAACAAGACUCAACCGUAUCCGCCAAUGACGAUGUCCCAGCGAGGAGAACUAGAUCUCGCUCUAACUCCUCCAACUCUGUCAGCUCAGAGAGGUCUGCUUCAAGUGUGAACACCCAGGGGAGCAGGGGGAGAGGCAGAGGAGCAAAGAGGACCGGUGGGCCACCCCAGGCCGCCAUUGUCAGAAGCACCAAUAGAAGGAGCACGGUGGCUGCAGAGGCAACACGAGUAACAAUUAAUGAUGUUUCCCCGCAGGGGGUCCGUUCUAGGUCCAACUCCACCAACUCAGAGAUUUCCAGCUGCAGUGUGAGCUCUCAGGGCAGAGGAAAUGGAGGCAGGCAGCGUGGAAGAGGGAGGAAAACAGAAGCAGAGCCACGUUCCAUCCCUCCUUUCAAUAGCCAGAGUGAACCAAAUUUGGCUCCCAAACUCACAGCCAGAGGCAUGAAAGCAGAGGAAUCCUCUAACGAGGUUCCCCAUGAGGAUGAAAAUGAGAAGUCAGACUCUCAGCAGGCUAGUACCACAAGAGGGCGACGGCGAGCCAAUGAAAAUAGCUCUGAACCUGCUGCUGCAGAUAAGCAAGGCCCUUCUUAUCAGGACGAGAGAUGUGCCAGUGAAGAGUCACCUUUGCCUAAAAGGAAUGUCAGAGGCAGAGGCCAAAAGAGCGAGACUGUGGAGGCACUAGUAGCUCCUGCAACCAGUGAUGGAGAUGAGGCUAAAGACAAGAGAAGAGGAAGAAAAAGAGUGUUGCAGGCAAAUAAAGAAGAGGAUUCCAGCAGUAGCUCCAAAGUUUCCAAAGGCAAGGAGAAAGCCCAAACACCAGAGGCAGCAGAAGAAGAUGCAAAUCGUGAAACAAAUGAUGACAUUCCAGUCCGAGCUAAAAGAAGAGGUAGAGCAUCCAGCGCCCAACCAAAGAAGAACCCAGAAGAUUCCCCCACUGAAGGGCAGGUGAAAGAAGAGAGUGAGAAAAUGGAGGAGGAGACUAUUGAGCGGAGAGCCAAAGGUCGGCCAUCAAGGGUCCAGAAAAAGAAGAAAGAGGAACAGGGAGAAAGUGGAACAUCUGUUGAACAGGACGCAGAGGCAUCAGAGCCCCAGGCUCCAAGCGGCAGUGGAUCCCGGAAGCGACAGGCUCCCGUGGACUCCUCACCUGUGGCAAAGACCCCACGCUCCUCGUCUGCGUCCCCAGCAGCUAGUGGUCGAUUACGACCUUCCAGCCACCACUACAAGGUGCUGUUCACCGGCGUGGUGGAUGAAGGAGGGGAGAGAGUGUUAGCUCGGUUGGGAGGCAGCAUGGCUAAAGGCGUGGCAGACAUGAACUGUCUGGUGACUGAUAAAGUGCGCAGGACUGUCAAGUUCCUGUGUGCCGUGGCUAAAGGAGUUCCCAUUGUCACCACACACUGGCUUGAAAAGAGUGGUAAGGCUGGGAGCUUCCUGUCUCCUAAUGCUUUCGUUGUAAAGGACCAGGAGCAGGAAAAGAAGUUCAAUUUCUGCCUGCAGGAAUCUCUGAGGAUUGCCAGCAGUCAGUCUCUUUUACAGGGGUAUGAUAUCCAUGUUACAAAGUCUGUGAAACCAGAGCCAGUUCAUAUGAAAGACAUAAUCUCUUGCAGUGGAGCUACUUUUCUUUCUAAGAUGCCCUCUUCUCACAAGCCUCAGACUGUAGUUAUUUCCUGCGAGGAAGACUGGCUGCUGUGUGGCCCAGCUCUCUCUGCAUCUCUCCCAGUCGUCACGGCUGAGUUUAUUCUCACAGGGAUCCUUCAGCAGAAACUUGACCUUCAGACCCACACACUCUCUGCCCCUGGAAACACUCUGCAGCCUGCAGGAGGCAGGGGGAGGGGCCGAAAGAAGAGCUAGCGCCACCAGAGUUUACUGUAAAAACCGUCUGUGAAAAUCUGCCACAGUGAGGUUUUUCCAUCGCUUAUAGAUUCCCUUUCAAAUUAGAGACCGGUAUAAACACUAGUGAGUCAGCUGUUCGUCUGUAUGAAACACUUGAAGAAUGUAUAGUAACACAUUGUGCAUGUAGUGGCAUGGCUGCAGUGUUACAGUGUUAGCUGUAGAUGUGCAAGAGAGCGAUGGAAGAAACAACAUUUAAAAAGUUAACCAAAGGACUAAAGUGUCUAACCUGCUCUCAGCAUAGUCUGUUUUUGCAAUUUUACCUUUUUCCUUGUAACAUUUUUUUUAAAGUUGCAAAAGCUUAACGCAAUGUUGCUGGUAAUCAGGGUUACCCAUCAACCUUCCUUUUACUGUCCUCAUCUCAUUCUCCACUGUGCUCAACCCCUCUCUUUCUACAACGAUAACAAGCAGAGGAGAAAUUGACACUGCUAAAUUGGCGCUACUCUCUAAUGUGCAUGGUGCUUUGGCAAAAUCAGCCAGUUUGGCAGCAAACCCGACGUGAAGUGGAAGUUGUAUAAUCAUGUUUGCGUGGUUGAAUAGUGAAACCGACAGGGGUAUGAUUUGAAAUACAUCAGCUGCGAUGGGCAGUGGAUGCAAAGAGCUUGUUUCCUGUCCUCAUAAGAAGUGCAUAGUGCCUUGUUUUUUACCGAGGUAAUCACGAACCUACGAGUGUUUCUUGUUCCUCUGUCUCCAUUAACCACCACCACCUAGUCCAUUAAGGCUUCAUCCAGGCCUAUUACUUCCAGGGAUAAGGCAUGAUAUAUAGGCACCUGGAUGCUGAUGCUGCUUUUACAUCAAUAUCUUAUGGUCAUACAUUUAAUUGUUUAUGUAUACUGUACAUGCUGUUAAAAAAAAGACAGAACUCACAUUUGGUUUCUCUCCUGACCCACAUUACAGUACAUCUUUCAACUUGCUGUAUUGUUUGGUGUUUUAAAGAUGACCCAUGGCUUGUAACCAAGUUUGAUUUUAGAACUGUCGAAUAGAUAAAAUCUUUACACCAAGUUUGGGUUAGUAUCAAAUCAUGAAAGCUGUCAGUAAACAAUGAACACAUUAAAUCUUUUUCUAUUAU